UUUCUGGAGUUGGUAUGUGAGAAGAGCCGCCAGCCCAGUGCCAUGUAUUGGAAGAGCAACCAGAUGUUUGUGUGUAAACUCGACGACAAGGACGUGCCGACGCUUCGCAUCGCGACCGAGAAGGUGAGCCCCGAGGCGGCCGGAGACGAGGAUUCCUGCUCGUCGUCAGCGCCGCUCUCGCCGUCGUCCUCGCCCCGCUCGCUGGCCUCGGGCUCGGGGGGCUGCGCGCCCAGCAAGUGCAUCUGCAACAGCUGCGGCCUGGAGAUCAUCGACAAGUACCUGCUCAAGGUGAAUGAUUUGUGCUGGCAUGUGCGCUGUCUCUCUUGCAGCGUUUGCAGAACCUCUCUAGGAAGACAUACCAGCUGCUACAUCAAAGACAAAGACAUUUUUUGCAAACUUGAUUAUUUCAGACGAUAUGGAACCCGUUGUUCUCGCUGUGGCAGGCACAUCCAUUCUACUGACUGGGUCCGAAGGGCUAAAGGAAAUGUGUAUCACUUGGCAUGCUUUGCCUGUUUCUCCUGCAAGAGGCAGCUUUCCACAGGGGAAGAGUUUGCUUUGGUUGAAGAGAAAGUCCUCUGUCGUGUACAUUAUGAUUGCAUGUUGGAUAAUCUGAAAAGAGAAGUAGAAAAUGGAAAUGGUAUUAGUGUAGAAGGUGCUUUGUUAACAGAACAAGAUGUUAAUCAUCCAAAACCAGCAAAAAGAGCUCGGACCAGUUUCACAGCAGAUCAGCUGCAGGUAAUGCAAGCACAAUUUGCUCAGGACAACAAUCCCGAUGCACAAACACUCCAAAAACUGGCAGAAAGAACAGGCUUGAGCAGGCGUGUGAUACAGGUGUGGUUUCAAAACUGCAGAGCACGCCACAAGAAACAUGUGAGCCCCAAUCAUUCAUCCAGUACACCUGUUACAACAGUCCAGCCUUCUAGGCUUUCUCCACCAAUGUUAGAAGAAAUGGCAUAUUCAGCAUAUGUACCACAAGAUGGGACAAUGUUAACUGCCCUACAUAGUUAUAUGGAUGCUCACUCACCUUCUGCUCUUGGACUCCAGCCUUUGCUACCCCAUUCAAUGACACAACUACCAAUAAGCCACAGCUAAUUCAUUUAUUUCAGGGACAUGGGACUAAGGAGGUACUGUUGAGUUGCCUAUUGUGUUCUCAUUGAAAAUCAGUUAAUCUUUAAUUAAAAAAUAG